GUGCUGCGGCUGGGAGCGCUGGGGGUGCGAGGGGGGGCCCCCUCCGCGGGGCUCUGCACCAGGCCGGUGGGCUCCGGGACGCCGCCGCCCCCAGCGAUAUCUACAAACAAAGGUGAGACCUUAUCUAGUACUAACCGUGAGGAAGCUUCAAAACCAUCUGCUGAAGACAUGAGGAUGUUCAUGUCAAGAAAAACUGUGGUUGCAUUUCCUCAGCGGGUAGCUGUUUCCUCUCUUGAGGAGGAAAACCUCACUGCACCUGCAACAGGAGGAGGCUUGAAGAAAGAGCUAGUCGAGGAAGAAACUUCAUCAUCAUCCAGCUCUGAUUUGGAUUCUAGCUCGGAUUCUGAGGAAGAAAAUGAUGGUGGUGAUGAUGAUUCAGAAGUUGCCAUUAAAACCAAGGUUGAGUUUCCUAGACGAGACUCCAUCUUUUCUGAGAACAUAGCAGUAAAGGCAUCAAUGCUAGCAAAAGGCAACUCGUCCCAGAAAUCCCACAAGGAAUACGUAGCUAAGAGAAAGCCAAGCAAAACAGAAACUGAUGUGUCUCCUAUCAAGCAGGUCACGCGUUCUAAGACAUCAGUCCGUCAUGAAACAUUAAAAUCCAAAGCAAGAGACACCAAAGUAAAAUCAACUCCAAAAGAAGCAGGCCAGCAGAAGCUGGUCUUAGAACCACACAUGGUUGAAAGCCAAGGCCUGACCAGAGUCACCCAUAAAUCUGAUUAUUUGGAGGAAAAGUCCAUUGGAACCCAGGUAGCAGCUAUUAAGCUGAAAGCUUCAUCCGUGACUCGGGGAGACAAAAAGCAAAAACCGAUAUCUGGAGGAAAUGAAAGAAAGGUGAAGGAGGCACAGGAGACACUAGCAGAAGUAACUGCUCCUAAACUGGAAAGAGAGGCUUCUGGAAGCACAGUGUUGGUGAUGGGCACUACAGCAGAGGAGGAGGCUGUUCAGGAAGCAGGAGUCCAGGCUGGAGAAAGCACAAUAGAGGAGACCACAGCAGCUGCUAAGCCUGCUCCAGAAGAAUUUGAUAAUUCUACCUACAAGAACCUUCAGCAUCAUGAAUACAACAUUUAUACCUUUGCUGAUUAUGUUGCGAUUCUCUCAAAAUUCAGGCAGCCUCAGCCAUCUUCUGGAAGACCAUCACCAAGGCACUGA